AUGCGUCACAUCUAUGUUGUUGUUUGUGGCGGUAAGAUGGCGGCGCUCGGAGACACCUCGGCUCCGGGGGUGAACGGGUUAAUACAACAAUUCACAGCAAUAACAGGAGCCACAGAGAGUGUCGGUAAACAUAUGCUGGAAGCAUGCAACAACAACCUGGAGAUGGCCGUGACCAUGUUCCUGGACGGAGGCGGGAUUGCCGAGGAGCCCAGCACCAGCUCCAGUUCAGCAGCAUCGAGCAGCAGAGCUCCCCCUACAGAUGAAGUACGAGCACCGAUUCCCCAGAAGCAGGACAUACUGGUGGAGCCAGAACCACUAUUUGGAGUGCCAAAGCGAAGAAGACCUGCUCGAUCCAUAUUCGAUGGUUUCCGAGACUUCCAAACAGAAACCAUCCGUCAGGAGCAGGAGCUGCGGAACGGUGGAACAGUGGAUAAGAAACUGAGCACGCUGGCAGACCUUUUCCGUCCACCCAUUGAGCUCAUGCACAAAGGCAGCUUUGAGACGGCUAAAGACUGUGGGCAGCUGGAGAACAAGUGGCUAAUGAUCAACAUUCAGAAUGUUCAGGACUUUGCCUGCCAGUGCUUGAACAGAGACGUGUGGAGUAACGACGCAGUGAAGACCAUCAUCAGAGAGCACUUCAUUUUCUGGCAGGUAUAUCAUGAUAGUGAAGAGGGACAAAGAUACAUCCAGUUCUAUAAGCUCAACAAGUUUCCUUACAUUUCCAUCCUUGAUCCACGGACAGGUCAAAAGAUGGUCGAGUGGAACCAGCUGGAUGUGGCGUCGUUCCUGGAGCAGGUGACUGGCUUCCUGGCAGAGCAUGGGCAGCUGGACGGACCAUCGUGCCACGCACCCCCAGCGAAACGAGCUCGAUCGGAAAGUCUGAUCGAUGCCAGUGAAGACAGCCAGCUGGAGGCAGCGAUUCGAGCCUCUCUACAGGAAACCCACUAUGAGUCCUCCAAUGCCCCCGAAGCCCCCGACUCGCCGCGGUCGGACGACGAAUCGGACGCAGAGCCUUUCUCCGACAGCGAGGGUCCCAUCUCCGUCGACGGCUCAGACAGUGAAACGCCGGUACCCCGCGAAGAGAAAAGUUCCGCCAGCAAACACGCCCCAGCCUCGUCGGCCUCUGCGGCACAGCAGCGUGUCCACCCCGAUAGUUCCACCUCUUCCCACAGAAAAUCCCCGUACAAAGAAAACAACCACAGCCACAAGAAAGAGGAAAGCAAAAAGAACCACCUGGAGCCUUCGGCUGCACUUCCCCGCCAUCCUCACCCCGAUGGAAGCUCUGGAGGGAACCACUGCGCUCAGAGAGCAGGAAGCGCCGGAAGCUCGAAGAUCAGCACCUCGACGACCUGCGACGUCGACUGUCCUGAUGACAAUGGUCCUAAAGCCAGGCUGAUGCUUCGCUACCCGGAUGGACAGAGAGAGCAAAUUUCCUUGUCUUCGAAAGCAAAACUUCUGGCCCUGGUGAGACACGUCCAGUCCAAGGGAUACCCCAACGAACGCUUUGAACUCGUCACCAACUUCCCCAGGCGGAAGCUCGCCCACUUGGACUAUGACAUCACGCUGCAGGAGGCGGGGCUUUGUCCACAGGAGACUGUAUUUGUGCAGGAGAGGAACUAGUCUUCCCAGACACGUUCACCUUUUUGCUUGUCUGUACCUCCGGUAGACCUCACCCUUUCACCAAUGAUCUGGGACAAUGUUACUGGCCUUGAUCCCAUAACCUUCUGUUCUGGACAUUAGCUCCUCUUUUUCGCCCUGACAGCUGACAGUGGAUGGACUUCUCUCAGCAGCGCCACGCAACCUAGUCUGAAUACUGACUGAUGCUCUACAGACAGCCGAAUCUCUCUCUCUAGUAAAGUCAUCGACAAUUGGCCAGUAAGCCGUUUCAGACACGCCAGCGUUCUUUAGUAUUUUCUGAAUAUAUUCUGCUCUGAUGCAGGUUUCUUCUGGGUUUGAGGCACGUCAGGACAGAAUAUAUAUCACAAAGCUCCUUUUGAAAAGAAAAAUAAAGCUCAGCGGAUCACGAAUUGAUGACGGACAACCAGGGACUUGUACAAAGGACUCAUACCUCCCCGUACAGGACAUCAAAUGUCAAAGUUUAUUUUCUAGUUCUUAUUGUUUUCAUUCACUUCCGGUGGGUAAAGGGAGACUCGUCCUCGUUUCCCCUGACCCAAAUUUGGUCUCGGUUAUUAUUUUGACAGUUGUAAUUACUGAGAAGGAACGCUCACUCAAAGAAGGUCUAAAACUCACAAGUCACAGAAGGGAAAGAAUAAAAGGUGGUACAUCUCAUCAGUCGGACCUACACUGUACAGAGAUGGCUUAGAGAGACUGAUAUUUAGCUGUAGUCAUUGUUUUCUUUCUUUUUAUAUGCUGCCAAGAAAUGAUGCUGAUGUUGAAAUAUAACCACAAAAAACCAGGGGAUCCUC